AUGUUGUUACAAGUCAAAACACUUUCAAAUGAAAAAUUUACUGUAGAAUGUGAACUUUACGAUGUGGUUCGAACUAUUAAAGAAAAAAUUGCGAAUCAUCAGGAUUUCAAAGAUAGAUAUGAUGUCGAUGCCAUGAAAUUAAUAUUUUCGGGAAAAAUUCUUGAAGAUGCUAAAACGCUUGAUUCAUAUUCAAUUAAUAAAGAUAGUUUUAUUGUUGUUGUUAAACAAACAGUUCCAAAAACGGGACAGCGUAAAUACUGCAAUUUUACAGCAACACCAACUCGUACAGUUCCAACAGCAACUAAUAAUCCGGGUACUGCAGCGGCAACUGCUUCAACGGCAAGUUUAUUCACACCGACUCCAGUACCACCCGUCGGUGCAUCAUCUCAAGAUGCAUUUACUUCAAAUGAAGCACGAGAAAAAGCGAUAACAGAAUUGACAGAAAUGGGUUUUGAACGUGCUAAAGCUGAACAAGCUUUACGUGCAAGUUUUUAUCAUGUUGAACGAGCUGCUGAAUACCUUUUGACUGGAAAUAUACCCGAUACACGUGAACCAGUACCACCAUCAUUACAAACGCAAUCUUCUGGUCAAGGACAAGGUGGUCAAGCACGUCGACAACCUAAUGAUGAAUUAGCCGAUUUGAAUUCAAGUCCACAAUUUCAAGCGUUGCGUAAUUUGAUACAGCAAAAUCCUGAUCAGUUACAAACAUUAAUGCAAACAUUACAACAAACACAGCCAGAAUUAUUCCAGUUGAUUGAACAACGUCCUCAAGAAUUUCUUGAAUUAUUAAAUCAAGUUGAUCCAGAAGGUGAUGAUGAUUCAGAGCACCAUGGUACGGGUGGUGAACCUGGCGGCCCAGGAGCUGGUCCGGUGACGAUAACACUUUCACCACAAGAUCAAGCUGCAAUUAAUAGGCUACAAGAUAUGGGUUUCGAACGUAAUCGAGUUAUUGAAGCAUUUCUUGCUUGUGAUAGAAAUGAAGAAAUGGCAGCAAAUUAUUUAUUGAGUGAUUUUAAUUAA